CCGAGGCCCAGCCCAAGGGUCAGAGGGCGCUGAGACCCAGUGGGCCGUGUGUGCCGGGCACGCCUGGCUCACGUGUCUGCGGAAAUGCGGACCAGCUGACACGUGUGCGGCCUUCGGCCCUCUGUCCCGUGCUCUGAGGUGUGUCGAGAAGGCCCCCGGGGGAGCUGCUGUUCUGUGUGAGGGAGGACGGCGGGUCAGGACACACGCACAGGAGCAGCAGGGGAGCGCAUCCCUGGGGACCGCGCCAUGUGGGCCAGCUGGUGGUUCUGGCCCCUGGUGGCCGUCUGCACUGCGGACCAGUUCCGGGACACAGCGGAGAGGAUCAUGCAGAGCACGCCUGUCAUUGACGGGCACAAUGACCUGCCCUGGCAGCUGCUGAAACUGUUCAACAAUCAGCUUCAGGACCCGAGGGCCAACCUGACCAGCCUGGUCCACACGCACACCAACAUCCCCAAGCUGAGGGCUGGCUUUGUGGGUGCCCAGUUCUGGUCUGCGUACACGCCCUGCGACACCCAGAACAAGGAUGCCGUGAAGAGGACGCUGGAGCAGAUCGACGUCAUCCACCGCAUGUGCUGGUUGUACCCCGAGACCUUCCUGUGUGUCACCGACAGCACAGGCAUCCGGCAGGCCUUCCGGGAGGGAAAGGUGGCCAGUCUGGUCGGCGUGGAGGGCGGCCACUCCAUCGACAGCAGCCUGGGCGUCCUGCGGGCGCUCUACCACCUGGGCAUGCGGUACCUGACUCUCACCCACAGCUGCAACACGCCCUGGGCCGACAACUGGCUGGUGGACACGGGAGUGGACGAGGCCCGCAGCCAAGGCCUGUCACUCUUUGGGCAGAGUGUUGUGAAGGAGAUGAACCGACUGGGCAUCAUCAUCGACUUGGCCCACGCGUCCAUGGCCACCAUGAAGGCCGUGCUGCAGCUGUCCAAGGCCCCCGUGGUCUUCAGCCACUCCUCGGCCUACAGUGUGUGCCAGCACCGGCGCAACGUGCCCGACGACGUGCUCCAGCUGGUGAAGCAGACGGGCAGCCUGGUGAUGGUGAACUUCUACAGUGACUACGUUUCCUGCAGAGCGGAGGCCAACUUGUCCCAAGUGGCAGAUCACCUGGACCACAUCAAGAAGGUGGCGGGGGCCGGAGCCGUGGGCUUGGGUGGGGACUACGAUGGUGUGUCCAGGCUUCCCUCGGGGCUUAAGGACGUGUCCAAGUAUCCAGACCUGGCCGCCGAGCUGCUGAGGAGACAGUGGACCGAGGCAGAGGUCAAGGGCGUCCUGGCAGACAACCUGCUGAGGGUCUUCGAGGCGGUGGAGCAGGCGAGCAGUCACACACAGGCUCCCGGCGAGGAGCCCAUCCCCUUGGGCCAGCUGGAGGCCUCCUGCAGGACCAGCUACGGCUACUCAGGGGCCCCCAGCCUCCACCUCCAGCCGGGGACCCUGCUGGCCUCCCUUGCACUCCUCGUCCUCUGCCCGUGUUGCCUCUGACGCCCUGGGUGCUAGAACGGCAGCGACUCCCCGUGCGCUCAGACUGGCCUGUCCUGGGCAGGCACCUGCGCUCCCCUGGGCAACACAAAACACAGGCACGGCGGGACCCUCAAUAAAGUCGCCGAUCCUU